CCAGCAUCCAGAGGCCCAUCCGAGGGAAGGAGUAGAACCGGCCAAUUGUUGCCCCACCCCUGUUCAAGCACCAAGAUUCAACCGUCCCUCCCGAGCCCCCAGCGACCCCAGAAGGAUGGCCCACCGCAUGCGCGGCCUGCGCCUCACUACGACUGCCGCGGCGAGCGCGGCCUGCUGCCUGAGCCUGGCGGCCCGCGCGGGGCCUCCGGCCGCGGACGUGGCCGCCUGCGCGGUCAAGGCCGUCGCACUGGAGCGGGCCGAGGCCGUCCUGGGCGGCCGCCACCUGGACAGGGUGACUGCGGCGCUCGACCUCGCUGGCUGCGAGCUGGAGGCGGCGCCGCGGCAGCCGGCCCGGCGGGGCCGCCGAGAGGGCGCCGCGGUGCCCGCGCCCACGCUGUCCCUGCACGUGUCGCCCGGGGGCGACGACGGCGCCGCGGGGAGCGCCGCCGAGCCGCUGCGGACCCUGUCCGAGGCGCAGGCGCGGCUGCGCACGGCGCCGGAGGGCCGCGCGGGCGCAGAGGUGGUGCUGGGCCCGGGCACGCACUUCCUGCGCGAGCCGCUGCGCUUCACGCCGGCGGACGGCGGUGCCCCGGGCCGCCCCGUCACCUGGAGGGGUGCCGGCUCCGCCGUGGUGAGCGGGGGCGAGCCGCUGGACUGCCAGGGCCGCUGGCGGCCGGCGGGCACGGGGGCCGCGGCGUGGCCGCCGGCGGGCGCCUUCGCCUGCGAGCUGGGGCCGGGCACCGCGGGCUUCUCCGCGCUGUUCGUCGCGGGGGAGAGGCAGGUUCGUGCGCGGUAUCCUAACGGCGACCCGAUGGUUCCGCUGUCUGGGUACGCAAAGGGAUGCAAGACUCUCGAAACGGUGCCCCUCACUGGCGUCGCCGCGCUGGAGAGGAACGUCACGGUCCUGGCGAGUGACGGGACCACAGUUGUCAGCCGUUUGGUGUCGGUUCGUAGCCCUUCCGGCUCCAACGUGACCGCGAGAGACACGGAACGGCCCAGGACGGUAGACGUGACCCAUGCAGAGUCCCAGGUGCUCUACCGUGGCACUCGUUUCGAUGAGAGUUUCAAUUACCCGUACUGGAAUUCCACCGCGCCGCAGAAGAUUUCGGCACCGGAGGGUUGGGCAGAACGCUGGCGUGCCGACGAGAGCACCCUCCCGCUUCCAGGUGCCGUGGUGAAGAUGAUGCACCCAGACGGCUGGGGCUCGUGGGCGUUCGAGGUGUCCAGCCACGACGCCGGAGAGGGCACGCUGAGCUUCGGGAGGGGCGGCUGGCAGGAGGCGGAGGGCGGCGACGGCUGCGGCGCGAUGUACGUGGAGAACGUGAGGGGCGAGCUGGACGCCCCAGGCGAGUGGUGGUUCGACGACGUGGCCACGACUCUUUACUUCAUGCCGCCCGCAGGGUGGACAGAGGAGCAGCUGCAGGGUGCAGCUGUCGUGGCCCCACGUCUUCAGCGCGCGAUCGAAGUGUCAGGCGAUGCGUCUGAUAAGCUGGUCGAGGACCUGGUCCUCCAGGACCUCAACGUGACGCACACCGCGAUCACAUACCUGGAGCCGUACGAGGCCCCGAGUGGCGGCGACUGGUCCGUUCACAGGGGCGCCGCCCUGUUCGUGGACGGUGCGGAGCGCCUGACUUUGCGACGCCUGAGCUUCGACCAGGUGGACGGCAACGCCGUCUUUUUCUCCGGCCUCGUGCGGAACAGCAGCGUGGAGGACUGCGAUUUCUGGCGAGCCGGCGAGAGCGCCAUGCUGGUUGUCGGCUCGGUGCCCGCCGGUGGGGACGCGCGUGUGCUUGCCGGGGCGCGGCUGCCCAUGAACAACACCUUCACUGGGAACUGGGUCGAGGAGGUCGGCGUGCACGUGAAGCAGACCAGCUGCUUCUUCAAGUCUAUGGCCGGAGGGAAUCUCCUGCAGGGCAACGUGUGCUACAACGGCCCCCGCGCCGGGUUCAACUGGAACGACGGGUUGCCAGGCGGCGACGUCCUGGAGCACAACGUGAUCUUCAACAUGGUCCGGGAGACGGGAGACCACGGCACCUUCAACUCGUGGGACCGCAAGGAGUUCGUCUACGACUGCCCUGGCGGGGGCGGCGUAUGCUUCACGCCGCAGACCAUUCGCCUGCGCCACAACAUGUUCAUCGGGCCUGCUGGCUGGAACGUGGACCACGACGACGGCAGCAGUCAGUACGAGGACUUCUCGAACGUCGUUUACUUGGGCGGGAUCAAAUAUCGCGACGGCGUCAUGCGCAACAUGACCGGAAACUUGCUGGUGGACGCUGUGCCUGCCUUUCAGGUGAUCGGCUUCGAUACGGACUACUUCAUCGGCAACACCAUCGCCUCCGCCACCCCUGUUGUCUCUCAGGUGUGCGGCCCCAGCUCCCUCGGCGGGCUCCGAGGGACCACCUACGCCACCGUAUCGGGCGCGCAGGAGGGCGCUGCCAGCGCCGGCAGUGGCGGCGCCGAUGCUGCCCAAUCGGCCCCCUGCCACGCCCGCGGGCCUGGCUGGAGGCCACCCGCCUGCCAGUGCGACGCGGGCACGAACGUCACGGUGACCGCGGCCAGGCUCCGGGCGAUGCUGCGGGCGACCGUCGGCGGGGCCGCCGCCGGGGUCGAGGGCGAGGCAGUGCUGCUCGUCUAGCGCUCUCGGCCGUCGCAGAGCUCGUCGUUCGCGCCCCGAGGAGGGGUCCAGGCCGCGACCUCCGCGCGGGUGCGGGCGCGCAUGUGCGGCACCGUGCGAAGCCUGGCGGCCCGGAGGCGUCGGCGCCCCCACACUGAAUCUGCCAGCAGCGCCCCCGGAGCCCCCCUCGCCUCGCAGCAGCAGGGGCGCGCGAUUUCAACGUUUGAAGGUCGGCGGCCAAUCAAGGGCGAGCGUGUAAGCUCCAGCAAACGUCUGGAAGGAAGCAGCUGAGCGCUGCUUCUCGCACCGUGCCGCUACCACACGAGAAUAAAAAACGGGCCGAGCGUCCCACCAUUCAUACCGUUGUCGAGCGUAG